UUUGGCAACACUGCUCAAAGCUGUCAGGAGAAAGCAAAACUACAGGCACAGCGUGGGCGACGCUGCUUUCGUUGCUACGAAGUUAGUUUCUACUGAAGUUCGCCUGCUUGUUUACACACCUCGCAUCACGCCUCGCACCUUGGAUCGUUAGUACACUAAUGAAAGCACGGUCUUCGUUAAGACAGUUAAGAUGUUCACGCUGCUUUCCGGCCUAUGGAAGUACAUCAGCCAGCGCGAUGAGUACUAUGUGCUGAUUCUCGGGCUUGACAACGCUGGCAAAACGACUUACCUGGAGCAGACCAAGACGAAGUUCUCGAAAGGGUACAAGGGCUUAAACCCUCACAAGAUUACCACCACUGUCGGCUUGAAUAUCGGCAAGAUCGACAUCCACGGCAUACGGCUAAACUUUUGGGAUCUUGGGGGUCAAGACUCGCUACAGUCGCUAUGGGACAAGUACUAUGCAGAAUCUCAUGCCGUCAUAUACGUCGUGGACUCUUCAAAUGCAAGCCGUAUCGACGAAUCAAAGGCUGCUUUUGCCAAGAUGAUUGGAAAUGAUGCACUUCACGGAGUACCUGUUUUGUUGGUGGCGAACAAGCAAGACAUUAGUGGAUGCUACAGUGCUGCAGAAAUGCGUCAGCUCUUCCGGGAAAGCUCUCAUCUCAUCGGUAGGAGGGACUGUCACUUGAUUGGAGCGUCUGCAUUACAUGGGGAGGGCAUCAAUGAAGGCAUCGAGUGGAUCACUCAGUGCGUGAAGCGCAACAUCCUCCGGCCUCCACGCACCAGCGAGUCUUUGUGACGUCUGCUCACAAUUCUUUUGUUUCGUCAUUUACACUGCCUUUCAAGCGGCAAAGCUUUCAUCAUGGACAGUGCUGAAGAAUGUGUGUAGGUGCGCGUGUGACACUCGGAAUAAAUCAACAUGCCAUCUGCAAACAUUACACGCACCAAGUUUGGUCACGCUUGAACUUUUGCUAAAAUACAUGAAUAAUGCGAAUGAAAUGCCUCGGUGCUGUUGAUUUUUGUCACGUGCGUAAGUUUUCUCAAAUUUGCUAUGCUGUGUUAAUGCUACGUGCUUAUACUAUGCUCAAACCUGCCCACUCUGACAUUUAAAAGACGCUAAUACUACAAUUGCAAUGAAUACUAACAUUUUGUUAAAAUUCUAGAAGUUGUUUAUUACUUAAGAUGUUGACUGCUUAUUUAAAAUUUCAAAAAAUUGUUCUAUAGGGACACUAUGAGGACACUAUGAUUAGUCACUGUGCUCAAUAGGUGCAGCUAGAAUUAUCUUGGCACCACAGAGACAGGAAUAUUCGUGAAAUUUAUAAAAUAUUCAUGUAAUGGCAGAGAAAAUUUUUGUUGCCGUUGUACAUUGUUUCUAUGGGGCGAGUUCUGAUGCGGGUAGGUGCGAAUGAUCGAAUGAUCGAGCAGGUCUAAAAAGAAGCUAUGAAAAUGGGUUGGCCUCUAUACUUGUACUCCUCUGGAAUCGUUUUUGGUCUGAACUGGACACAAAUCAAGAAUCAUAAAAUGGUUGGUGCUAUUACGACAAUUGUAAACAAACAUGAAAAUUCUUAACAUUCUAGGAUAAAUUAGUAAAGGUUGGCAGUUAUUCACGACUCAUGUGCUGUGUUUUUCAGGUUAUUUGCUUUUCAAGGUGCUGUUGUGCUACAAACUUGUAGAGUCUAGUCUAGGCUUGCAAAUUGCUUCAAAGCUGAGCUACAGGCACAUAAAUGGGGAGUUGCCUGGGCAAGUUGGUAGCGGUUGAUUUCGAUGGUGUUCACAGUGCAUAAAAUAAGAGAUGGGAAAAGAGAGAGAGCGUGGCUACGUUUCUGCCUUAAUUAUGUGUGCACUAUGAACACCGUCUAGAUUAACUGUACUACAGGGUCAUAAUGAAAAAAGAGCACUAAGGGCCACAAUACAGGCGGUUAGUCAGAACUAGUUUAUUUUUUAUUGAAAGAAACAUGGAACGUAUACAAACGUGAUAAAGAAAAAAAGGUCACAUGAAAGCAUAACAAUGAUUAGAAACUAUUCAGGGAACAUAAUAAUAAUAAUGUUUUUAAAAUUGCAAUCACUAUUACAAAGUGCAAUUGCUUCCUGGCAAGUGCAUGCUACACUUUUACAGUGAAGCUAUUAAGGGGAGUUCCGUAAUGGUUUUCAUGUAGCAGUAUAGUCAAUAUCAAAUGUAGAUGUAACACAAUGCAGUCAGAGCCCCGAAUUUGCUUUGAAACGUAAUGAUCAAUGACUACGAAAUAAAAGCUACUUUGUGUAUGUCUCAAACAGAAAACAACACUGCACCAUUUUUUAAAAUUAGAGUAUUAUAAGUUAGGGCGAUGUUAUUGUUAGGAUCGGAGUACUUGCAUCUGCAUUUUUUAAAAUCAGUAAUUUGCUUCUUGCAUCGCAUUAUAUAGGCUGCAACGAUGGAAGCCGACAACAUGUUGCUGAAAUGCAGUCUAUGUGGGAGCCGUCGCUAAGAACAGCAAGUCACGAGCACAAAGCAGCAACUGCUGCUGCAUUCGAGCGAGGCCGUGAGCCAUCAAAUAGACCCCCUAGUACUUCCAAAGGUUGAGAACUCGCUUAUAACUUUGCAGUCUUUGAUAUUUCAGUUGUCAGACUGGCAUAUAUAUAUAUAAAGAAUGUUUUUCGUUUGCUACCAUAUUUAAAAAAAAAUAAAGAACCAGUGAGUAAACAAUAAUCUUGUGCUUUUAGUUUGUCCUGUUCUCGUUUUUUUUUUUUUUUAUUACACCUUACCAAUUCGGUCAGUUGACGAUCCUCCUGUACCAAAGGGUUUCUCCAACAUUGGUCCGCAUUGGGAGACGCACACACUGGACCACAUCGAUGCUGUGCAUUCCAGCACAGCCUUGUACAGCCUUGAGCAAACGUUUCGACAAAAGGAUUUGUCCGAGAGUAUUGCUGAAAGCUGGGCUAUGUAGCUACUGGAAUUACAUAACUGACAUUAUAUGAAAAAAGGUAGGUCAUGCACAUUGUCGUGCGCACAGUGCAUGAAACUUAUGAAACAACCCUAACCUGCAGCAAUUGUUAAACUGGACAGACCGCAUCGAGCACAAGUUCAGGUUAUUAGUAGCAAGGUCUGGACAUCUUGCAGACCAUUGCAAAAAUACACUAAUGCAUGGCAAAAUUUAACAGUACACUUGUACCGAGUAGAUUAGGAGGCUGCAAAAUGCAGAUUGAUAUAAGAGAUUUCUCGGAUGCAAGGAGCCAGUAACUGCAUUAGCAUACCUUCUAUCGGGAUCUCUUGUAAAGAAACCGAUUACUCGAAUAACAAGAUUCACGGUGUGUGCACAUGAUGGGCAAUUUGAGUGAUAUCUUGUGUGUUCUCAAAUUUUUCAUGCGAGUGUGCCUUUUAUGCGUGUGAUCAUUUGUGCAAAAAAAAAUAAUAAAUAAAUAAAGCCAGUCGAUAUCCAG